CACAAGAACGUCAAGCGUAGAAGUAGUCGUAGCAGGCAGAAAGGAGACUCAGAAGUGCUUAAGCUGACAUUUCUCCCGAAAAACAUCAACCUGAUCUAUCUGGAUAAGCAGAUCUCUGCUUUCACUUCCUCGUUGUGAAGAGAUCUCGGAGAGAGAAUAUGGCUGCUGCUGCCGCUUCUUCUUCUUCCUCCACCAAAAGCAGCCUGAGGGAGGACCUGACCUGUUCCAUCUGCUGCGACCUGUUCAGAGAGCCCGUCAUGUUGCCCUGCAUGCACCACUUCUGCAAGUCCUGCAUCUCCAGGUACUGCAGGGGCACACGGGCGCCUGUAACCUGCCCACAGUGCCGCAAGGAGUUCAGCCCCACGCAGUUUCAAACCAACUACCUUGUGGCGGCGAUGGUGGAGAAGGUCCGAGCCUUCGCCUCAGACACUUACACCAAGAAGCUAGAGAAACAGCUGAGAGAGAGUUUGGAGAGGCAGCACUUGAGGAAGGAGGACAUGAGCGGCAGCAUUCACAAAGACAAAGACAAGCUGAACAUGAUAAAGAGGCUGGGGGCAGACCUGCAGGCUCAUGUCAAAGGUGAAUUCCGAGCUCUGCAUCAGAUCCUGCAGGAUGAGGAGACCUGCCUGCUGGAGCAGCUGCGGAGAGAGCAGGAGGAGGAGCUGGAGAAGGUGCAGCGCCACUUGGAGGCCUCAGAGCUGGCUGUACGCCAACUGGAGAACAACAUCCAACUGCUGCAGCAGGCGAAAGUCACACUGACGGAGUUCCCACAGCUGAGACCCUGUGUUCAGGUGGAAGCUGCUGUAGAUUUUGAUCCGCGCGCUUUCAGCAACAACUACUUGGCUCCGCUGCAGUACACGGCGUGGAGGAGGAUGUUCAGGUCUCUGAAACCAGGGCCGUCUCCUUUAACGUUUGAUAUCGACACAGCUCACCCGAGCAUUUACGUCUCCAGGGACAAAAUGACAGCGGUGGAGUGCGAGGUCAUGACCCCGCAUACGAGCCACAGCAAGCGCUUCCUCCAGUGUGUCAACAUCCUGGCUGCCCAGAGCUUCCAGUCAGGUCGGCACUACUGGGAGGUGGAGGUGGGCUGCAGCCCUAAGUGGGACCUGGGCGUGGCCUCGGAGACCGUGGACAGGCACGCUCGCGUCAAGCUGAGCCCCGAGAGCGGCUACUGGACCCUGCGGCUGCGCAACGGCAACAAGUACUGGGCCGGGACGCAGCCGUGGACGAGGCUGCAGCUCGGGUCGCCCCCGCAGAGGAUCGGGGUUUACUUGGACUGCGACGAGAGGAGGGUGUCGUUCUACGACGCGGACGAAAUGAGUCUGCUGUACACGUUCGGCAGCGGGCCGAGGGGCAGAGUGUUCCCCUUCUUCAGCCCGUGCAUCAGCGAGAGCAGCCACAAACCUCAGCUUAUUAAACUGGUCCAUUACCCUCCUGUCGCUCUGUCUGGAUAACUUCAAUCAUCACUGGUGUCAUGUUUUCCAUGUAAUUAUUCUGAAGAAGCCUUUAAAGGAUCGGCUCAUUAUUAAACACUAUUAAAACGGAGAUCUGGUUUAAGCUUUGAGCUCUACAGCAAGCAUCUUUAAUAAAUAGAUGC